AUGGCCGGUUUACAUGUGUUUCUAUCCCUGGUAUUGGUGCUUUCAGCAUGGGCAAACACCUGGCACUUUGCAUUUGCCCAAGCCAAUUCACCCAGAGAUAUCACAGACAUGUUUCAUAUUAGCUUCGAUCCAAGCAUCCCAGGUAACUGUGCUGCCCAUGGCAAAGAUAAAUUGGACCAGAUCGAUGAGGAUGCCUUUGUGUUGUCCGAGGCUGGCCUUCAGGCAGUUAUAGACAUUACACGCAAAAAUUCAAAGACGAGACAAGAGGCGGGUAGACUGGUGACCGUUCUUUUCCAAAACCCAUUCGAAGCUGUCAAUAACUUUUUCAAAGAGGCAGUACCGAUUCUCCACGAUAGAUCUCAUAAAAAGCCUUACCUUUUUUGCGGCGAUUCGUGGAGAAUCCGUGAGGUCAUGAGUAGCCAAAUGAGGGACGCAAAGGGCGAGCUUAUGAAAGAUGAAGAAGGCUCUCCGUACCUUAUUAAGGAUGACAAACAGAUGAAGAAGCGUCAAAAGGCCGCAAAGGAGGAUUGGGGAUUCCAAAAGUUGCGCUCUAUCUAUCCGUACUGGUGUCCUGGGCUUAAAAGCUAUAUAUUCGACAAGAAAUAUGCUAAAGAUCCCACAGAAGGCCCGUGCAGCACUGGUUCAUCGGUCUCUGGAUAUACUGUCUUUGAGUUGAAGACGGGUAUCGGCGCCAUUACCCUCUGCGAUAAAGCUUUCAACGGUGACAGGUUACGCACAGUUAACAUUAAACCCUUCGCUGAUAGUGACUUGGACAAUGACGAAAAACCUCCCAAACAAAGUACGACCAUAGAGGAGGUGUCCCCUAGGGCGACAACUUUGUACCACGAGCUCUUUCAUCUCUUGUGGACAAAGUUAAUGGAUCCUGAGAAUGGAGAGGAGUAUGAUUUUAAGCGGAUGACUAGUGUAGUGCGGCGUUCAGUCGGAAAAGGGGAGGAUAAAAAACGGGAGACUUUUUCCAAGGGACAGGCCAUGAAAAAUCCGCAUAACUAUGUUUACACCGCUAUUGGAUACGACUAUACACAGAAUGUGAAUCAUGUGCUAAAGGAUCAUGAGGGUCCUGGGGAGGAUCUAGUGGUACCAAUUGAAUUUUACACUGGUUGGGCUACAUAUCAUGUUUAG